AAAAACAUUGGUAUCUCUAUGUGUUGGAUCAUCCUAAGGAUGGAAUAUACAGAUGCAAUUGUAUCAAAAAAAUAGAGUUUCCAUUUGUACCCUCUUUUACAACAAUCAUAAUGAAUUUAAUAAAUGAAAUUGCAAAUAAAAUAUCUAAAUUAGAUAUUAAGUUAAGAAUUAGGAAUAGUAAAACUAAUUCAUCUGAUACAUAUACUAGUGCAGCAGAAUUUUUCAAAAAUUCUAUAUGA